AUGACUCGUAUUUGCAAUUUGCCCCUUCUGGCUCUGGGCUCUCUCGCCCUUGCCAACCAGGAGGCUUUCAAGUCCAAAUGUUCGCGAUUCGCCAAUGAAAUCGAUCUACCCAACGUGAAGGUCAAUUUUGUGGACUUUGUCCCUGGAGGCACGAAUUUGUCGUUGGCCGACAAUCCGCCCAGCUGCGAUGCAAGCUACCAAUCAGUCUCCGUUGAUCUGUGUCGCGUUACUAUGGCUGUCUCUACAUCUGAGAGCAGUGAAAUCACGCUCGAGGCCUGGUUCCCGCGUGAAUACACGGGCCGCUUCCUGAGUACUGGAAAUGGCGGUCUUUCUGGAUGCAUCCAGUACUACGACCUUGCCUACACGGCGCAAUUGGGCUUUGCUACCGUCGGUGCUAACAAUGGUCACAACGGAACGUCUGGGGAGCCUUUUUUCCAUCACCCGGAGGUGAUCAAGGAUUUCGCAUAUCGCUCCGUCCACACAGGCGUUGUGGUCGGCAAGGAACUCACCAAGAAGUUCUACGAUGAGGGGUUCAAGAAGAGCUACUAUCUCGGCUGCUCAACUGGAGGUCGUCAGGGAUGGAAGUCAGUCCAGAAAUAUCCAAAUGACUUCGACGGCGUGGUGGCUGGAUCACCGGCAAUCAACUUCAUCAACUUACUCUCGUGGAGCGCGCAUUUCUACCCCAUUACUGGACCGCCAUCUUCUGACACGUAUCUUUCCCCCGCAGAGUGGAAGGUCGUUCAUGAGGAGAUCCUCCGGCAAUGCGACACAAUCGACGGCGCCAAGGAUGGCAUUAUAGAAGAUCCAACUCUCUGUCGCCCGAUCCUACAAACACUGAUCUGUCCAUCCCACACUUCCAACGAUCCCACCUGCCUCUCCAGUGCCCAGGUGCAGACCGCUCAGCAGAUACUGUCCCCACUGUACGGUGUAAAUGGCACUCUUCUAUAUCCCCAGAUGCAGCCCGGUUCCGAGAUCCUUGCCGCGCCAAUCAUGUAUAACGGCCAGCCCUUCGCCUAUAGCGACGACUGGUACCGGUACGUUGUAUACAACGACCCGUCCUGGAGCGGCACCACCUGGACAGUCCAAGAUGCCGCAGUCGCACUAGCCCAAAACCCAUACAACAUCCAGACAUGGGACGGCGACCUGUCUCCCUUCCGCAACGCCGGCGGCAAGGUGCUCCAUUACCACGGCAUGCAAGACCAGCUGAUCAGCUCCGAAGAUUCCAAGCUGUACUAUGCCCACGUCUCAGACACAAUGAAGCUGCCUCCCCCGGACCUGGACGAGUUCUACCGCUUUUUCACUAUCAGCGGCAUGGGCCACUGCGGAGCCGGUGAUGGUGCCUAUGGCAUCGGCCAGGGAGUCGGUACCUAUGAUGGCAAUGAUCCUGAAGAUAAUGUGCUCAUGGCUAUGGUUAAAUGGGUUGAGGAAGGUGUGCCGCCUGAGACGGUGCGUGGAGCUAAGUUCGUCGAUGGUCCUGGGUCUGCGGUGGAGUAUAAGCGCAAGCACUGCAGGUAUCCGCGUCGGAAUGUUUAUAAGGGCCCUGGGAACUGGACGGAUGAGAAUGCAUGGGAGUGUAUUAUUUAG